GUAGAAGAAAAAGAGGAAAUGACGCAAUGUCUCCGGUAAAACAACAAGGCGCCAAAUUUGUGCCCCUUUAUCACAGAUGCACAUCCAUGGCGGAGUUAGAAUAAAUGUGUUUUGUGACUCGUCACAUGUGGGAAACGCAGCUCAGGGAAAAGGCGGUGGAGCAUCAUGGCGGUGCCUUUUGUCCAGGACUGGGACCUCGUUCAGACUCUGGGAGAAGGAGCAUAUGGAGAAGUGAGGCUGCUGGUGAACAGACACACUGAAGAGGCAGUGGCAGUGAAAGUCGUCGAUACCUCUCAGUCUAAAGAGUGUGCAGACAACGUGAAAAAGGAGGUCUGCGUCCAUAAGAUGCUCAACCAUCCCAACAUUGUGAAGUUUUUUGGGCAUCGGAAAGAAGGAGCGACUGUUUAUCUGUUUCUGGAGUACUGCACCGGAGGAGAGCUGUUUGACCGGAUCGAGCCUGAUGUGGGAAUGCCAGAGAGGGAUGCUCACAGGUUUUUCCAGCAGCUAAUGUCAGCUGUGGAGUACCUCCACAGCCUUGGCAUCACCCACAGAGACAUAAAGCCCGAAAACAUUUUGCUGGAUGACAAAGACAACUUAAAGCUGACUGAUUUUGGCCUAGCCACCAUGUUUCGGUUCAAAGGACGUGAGCGCCAGCUGAACCGACUCUGUGGGACUCUUCCCUACGUUGCUCCAGAACUUCUCAGCCAAUCAGAGUAUAGUGCUCAGCCUGCAGACAUCUGGGCUUGUGGCAUCGUCCUGACGGCCAUGCUAGCUGGAGAGCUGCCCUGGGAUCAGCCGUCCGAGACCUGUCAGGAGUUUUCAGACUGGCUUCAGAAAAAAACCUACCUUCCUCCCUGGAAGAAAAUACAACCGCUGCCUCUUAGUUUGUUAUCCAAGUUAUUACUUCCCAAUCCCGAUACAAGAAUCACCGUUUCGGACAUAAAAAAAGACCGCUGGUUCACACAAGGGUCUCAAAAGUCAACAGGAAACCAAGUUCGUCACACUGAUGUGGAGCUUAGAUCUCAAACAAACAGCAAUGACAGGAUGCAGUUUUCCAGCUCUCAACCUGAUUUGGCAGCAGGUGACUGGGAAGCCAUGUUGGUGAUCAGCUCAGCUGACGGUCAGGUCAGCUUCUCUCAGCCGACCAAACCGGAGCACAUGCUGCUGGGGAGUCAGUUAGUUGGCACGCCGGGAGCCAGUCAGUCUCCGUGGCAGAAAUUGGUGCGGAGAAUGACUCGCUUCUUUACCAACGUGAACGCCGAAGCCUCCCUAUCCGCUCUGAAAGAAGUGUGUGACGGCAUGACGCUCGGCUUCAAGCUCACCUGCACCAAACAGGUGACUGUGAGCAUGCUGGACAAACGUAACAACAAGCUCAUCUUCAAAGUCCAUCUACUAGAAAUGAGCCAGCGAGUGCUGCUGGACUUCAGGCUGUCUAAGGGUGACGGUUUGGAGUUCAAGCGCGUCUUUGUGAGGAUAAAACACAAGCUUGCUGACAUCGUCAGCACUCAGAAGGUUUUAGUUCCAUGAGACGUUUUUACAAACAGCCCGUCUAAAAGUGGACUUGUUGUUCUGCUGACGUGUCGAAGGUGAAUCGUGGUUUUAGUUUUGUUAUUAGGGAAGCUCAAAGUAGGAUAUUUAUCAGAGCAGAGUUGUGGUUGACAUGGUUUUACUCAACCUUCCGUUGUGACCCAAGUGUUUGCUUUUUCUUUGUUGUGUUACAAUCCAAAGUUGAAUAAAUUAUUAAAACACCCCUUUA